CCGCAACUUUUUUUUUUUUUUUUUUGGUCCUCACGAACACGCGCGUGUUUCCAACAGCUUAUUUUCACGUGACGGGUGUUUGUCCUUUCUCCGCACCACGAAUACUGCACCCGGGGUAACUGAUCUCCAUCUUUUUCCUUUCCCUCUUUCGUCUCCCUCCCAUCAAACCCUCUUUUCCUAAAUCACUCUCCUCUCUACCCCUCUUCUCCUCUUCUCCCCAAGACAACACCCGCCAACAAUGUCCUCCAACCUUCGCAUCCUCGUCGCUUGCAAGCGCGUCGUCGACUACGCUGUCAAGAUCCGCGUCAACGCUGCGGGCACAGCCGUCGAGACCGCCAAUGUGAAGCACUCGAUGAACCCCUUUGAUGAGAUCGGAACAGAGCAGGCCAUUCAGAUCAAGGAGGCCCUCGCCAAGUCCAAGGGCAAUGCUGAGGUCAUCGUUGUCUCUUGCGGCCCCACCAAAUCGCAGGAAACUCUCAGGACGGCAUUGGCCAUGGGCGCUGACAGGGCUAUUCAUGUCGAGACCAAUGAUGAGCUGCAGCCCCUGGCCGUCGCCAAGCUGCUGAAGGCGGUUGUGGAGAAGGAGAAGCCCGAUAUGGUGAUCUUGGGCAAGCAGGCCAUCGAUGACGACUCGAACCAGACUGGACAGAUGCUCGCUGGACUCCUGAACUGGCCCCAGGCCACUUUUGCCUCCAAGGUCGAGCUCAGCGAGAAGGCCAUGACCGUCACCCGUGAGGUCGAUGGGGGUGUCGAGACUGUCAAGACUCCUCUCCCUGCUAUUCUCACCACUGAUCUCCGUCUCAAUGUCCCUAGAUAUGCUUCGCUUCCCAACAUCAUGAAGGCCAAGAAGAAGCCCUUGGCCAAGUUCACUGUCGCAGAUUUGGCUGUUGAUAUCAAGCCCCGCAUCGAGAUCUUGAAGGUUUCCGAGCCCCCCAAGAGACAGGGAGGCAAGCUUGUCGAGAGCGUCGAUGACUUGGUCGACAAGCUGAAAAACGAGGCCAAGGUCCUGUAAAUUGUUUUCCCUCUCCGUUAUCCCUUUAUCCCUGGACUAAAAAAUCAGCUCUAAAAAUCAAAAAGUCCUUGAUUCAAUUAAAAAAAAAACAAACGACUAGAAUUAUACUUUCUUUAGUUGGCUCUGUUGGAUCUAAUAGCCCUUUCUAUGUGGAUAUUGAGUCCCCUGCGUGUAACGCGGAAUGGCAUGUGGAACAAACAGGACGCGUCGCGCGAGAACCGCCUGCAAUAUUAAUAAAAUAAAGGAGUCUUGCUGCUUUCGUACCGUUCAUUUUUUACCUCC